AUGCUACCACAACACAGGCCUCAACUACAGUUGAUACGACCACCACAACAGAAACCUAUACAACAGAUACGUCGACUACCUCAACAGAAACGUCUACAUCGGCUACGUCGACUACCUCAACAGAAACUCUUACAACAGUUACGUCGACUAUCUCAACAGAAACAUCUAGAACUUCGUUUGCGACUGCCUCCGACUACGAAUAUUCCGAUACUUCUACGACAUUUGCAUAUGACGACUCCACAACGUCUGUAA